AACACCAACCUUCAGCGCCAAGACCUGGCAUACGACUUCUUUCUCACGGCUUCAAACACGCCGCAACUAGAUUCUAGCACAGCAUUUUGCCGGCGGUGCUCGAUACUUGACUUCCAAAACCCCGCAGCUCAAGCGAAAUGGUGUCACACUUAAGCCACGAUGAGUUUUUCAACGGCCUGGUAGAGCUGUUCAAGAGUCGCAAAGACAAGGGCCAUGGCGCCGUUUAUCUCGUCCAGAAAAGGCUUUCCUACCCACUAGACCCCGCGACAUCCCCGUCGGGCGAUGGCUUGCUACCCGACGGCCAGCUCGGGGAACCUCUCCCCGUGAUCGUGCGAGCGACGAAUGGAAAUUCCAGCAGGAGUAAAUCUCCCAAGGUCAAGCUCUCGACCAUUGUGAAGGCGGACGCCCUGGACGAGUUCUUUGCCCGUUACGCCGACAUUUGCAAAGCUGGUAUGGUGGCGCUAAAGCCUCGCGACAAGAGCAAGAAGAAGGCGAAAGCAAAGAAGAAAAAGUCAGGCGCUCCAGCAGCGUCAUGAGGCUCUCUCUCUCUCUCUCUCUCUAUACUGUCUUGAAGAAGCGACGUGGACUACGGCGUUCUAUCGUAGUGGGGGGAAAGCCCGCUGUUUGCGUAUCAGAACUCGCCUUUCAUCACGGAGAUUCCACUUAUAGAGGUUGGCCCAAAAUCACAUCUUCCAAUUCUCAGGCAAGCCCAUAGUCUUCUUCUGGCCCCGUUAGGUUCUAAUACUUGUCUACCUACUAGGAGAUCCUUGUGGUGUCUGUCGUAAAGCCUUUGAC